UCUCGAGUUAUAGCUAUCCUGGAUUGGGAGCUUUCAACCAUUGGUCAUCCUUUGUCGGACUUAGCUCAUCUCUCCCUGUUCUACUUUUGGCCACGGACAGUCCCAGGAAUAAAUCAAAAUUCUUACUUUCAAGAAAACAUAGGGAUACCAUCAGUAGAAGAACUGAUUUCAAUAUAUUGCCGCUGCAGGGGAAUUAAUUCUGUUCUCCCUAACUGGAAUUUCUUUCUUGCCCUCGCAUAUUUUAAAAUGGCUGGAAUAGCACAGGGAGUAUACAGUAGAUAUCUUCUGGGAAAUAAUGCGUCUGAGAAUAGCUUUCUGUUUGCCAAGAUUGUGCAACCUCUGGCAGAAACUGGAUUACAACUUUCAAAAAGAACUUUCAAUAGUACAUCACCACAGAUUGAUACUUCCCAGCAGUUGUUUGUACAGAGUAAGACCGGCCAGGAAGUUCUUGCUAGGGUGAAGCAUUUCAUGAAACAACACAUCCUUCCAGCUGAAAAGGUAAAUGCUGUAUAAACAAAAAAUGUAUUUGUGUUCAAGGACUGUUGAUGGAUUAUGUCUGUUAUCUCUGCUUCUAGGAGUAUCAUGGUAUUCUAUUUUUUCUAGUCAGUCCUUACCUCAUUCCCCUCCUCACCUUAGCACUGAGCUGCUGUAGAAGCUGAUAAGCUUCUAAAAUAUGUGAAGGAAAUGCCACAGAUGAAUCUUUGGAAUUAAAAUUUAGUCAAAGGGAGAUUAACUGUUGUAAAGUUGAGAUCCUAAAUAUAUUAGAGUAAAACAUCACUUCAGGACCUUUAAAAAGAAAAGAUUUUAUUUAUUUAUUAGAGAGAGAGAGAGAGAGAGAGCGUGCGAGCACCCUCGACGGGGGGUGGAGCAGAGGGAAAGGAAUAAGCAGACUGCACCAAGUGGGGAGCUCCACGCAGGGCCCAACACCACAGCCCUGAGAUCAUUCCCUGAGCCAAAAUCAAGAGUCAGAUGCCCAACUGACUGAGCCACCCAGGCACCCCAGGGCCUUUUCAUAAGUCAGUGACUUUCAGGUGUUUAUUUGCUUUUAUGGCCCCCUUUGAGAAUUAAGAAAACUGUAGACUAAACAAAAUGGACAUAACCAGAAAAUGUUGCAUAUCAUUUCAGUCUGUUCACAGACUGUUUCCUCCAUGAUGUGCAUAGGUAUGAGUAGAUAUACAGUAAAUUUUCAUUUUAAUUUUCUAUGAUUCUGACAGCUUCUGAGCUAGACCAACAAAAUCAAAUAGAAACAGAAAAAGACCAAAACUCUUUAAACAAAAAUGUUCACAGUUGAUAUUU